AUGACGAAGACGAAGACGAUCUGGACAGCGAUAGCCACGACCUCGGAGAUCAGGAUCUCCGGCGACAAGAAUGACCACGACAGUGAAGAGCACCGGGGAACUGGCGAUUAUGUCCAAUUCAGAGCCAGCGUCCUAGAAGUAUAUCCGGACGUGGAUCACUUGGCCGCGAAGCCAGAAGGCCCGUCGGAGAACCAGGCUCGCGGUGCCGCGUUGAUGCGUCGGCUCAUUUGUGUCACUCAUCGUCGCGUCUGUCGGAUUCCAUGGCACAAGCGCGAAGACGAGAAUACUGCGCCGGCGACAUACUGCUUCUUCCUUGCGAUGCGUCGACCUAACCCACACGUCGUUAGCGACGAGAUCGUGGCUGCAACUCCCGCAGAGAUCUUGGAGCUCGCAGGACAGCCAGAUGUCGCUAUGGAGGAUCUCCUCAACUGCGAAUGCAAGCUCGACCUGAACGAGUUGAGUUUCGGCAUCUACCUCGACCUGCUGAGGAAAUGCCAUGCCCAACUACUGCAAGACUCGGCGAACCACGUCGCUGAGCCGUACACUGGGAGAGGGUUCAGGGAGAAUGGGGUCACUUCCGGCCGGAGGCCGCAUAUACUCGCACCGAGUCUUCUUGAACGCGCCAGCCCUACCGUCAAACCGCUGUCGCCUCUUGCCGAGAUUUUCUGGUGCAUAUUUUGGGGCACAAUGGCCAGAGAACCCAGCCGAGACCAGUUUGACAACGCAGAAAGCCGCCAGCUCUGGGAUCCUUGCCGCUCGGAGACGUCAGACAGUCUUCCAAGCAUGCCACGUCUCAACUUUGCCAACCCACUCAAGCAGUUAUUCUCCAUCGGAGAUCUAGACCCCACUGCCUGUGAGCGGUGUGGCUCCGAUCUUGGCGGUGAAGGUGCUUCCACGUAUCUGUGCACAGAGUGCACGACCAAAGCGCUCGAGAGCUGCACUGAUGUCGAUGAAGAGCAGUGCGAGGCUGACGGAUGUGCUGAGCGCCAGGCGCGUCGUGGUCUGCCUCCACAGUAUGGACUGCGACAGAAGGCAACUCUGAGUGUCAAGUAUAACCGGCUCUGCAAACCAUGUCAACGACGGCUGCUGAACGACCUUGACGACGAGACCAGGGCUGCAUGGUCGAAACAAGUCGAGGACGCGCGAUGCACAACUGACUCCAAGCUGCAGUGCAUCGGAGAGCUUUGCGCCCAGCGCAAGAUCCAAGGCUUGUUGCCCUUCAAGAAGGCUCUGGAUCCCGGCUGGAACGUUGAGAAGAAGCGACUUGAAGACGCCAAGACUACCAGCGACCCAGCGUGGCAGUGCCUGGGAGAACCUUGCCAGGCAAGGAAGAAGCGUGGCAAGCUUCCAUUCCGUCGCAAGAGCAAGGGUACCAAGCUCUGCAGUAGCUGCUCAAAUCGCCUGCACAAAUAUCGCAAGAAGCAUCCCGAGCAGUGGAAACUCGGGAAGGAAAGGAGAGAGCUGGCAAAGCACACCAAGGACCCCAAGAAGCAGUGCAGCAAUGAGGGCUGCACAAUUCGACGACGAACGGGCGGUCUAGUCUGCAAUCCUUGCUAUCACAAAGAGUACUGGGUCGAAUAG